AUGAUCAAGUCUAGAGAAACCGCAACCAUUGAUUCCCCAACAACGGAGACGGUGGGGUUGGAACCCCCACCUAAGAAGAAUAAGUGUAAGAACUGCCUCCGUUUCUACCUCACAGCUUUCUUCACACUCGUUGCUUGCUUCAGUUCUUUCGCCUUUUUAUUUCUUGUUCCAUUCAUUAUAGACCCUGCCUUCUCCACCCUUUUCGCCGACUUCGACGAGGAGCCGAGAGUAUGCGUCACCAAGGAGUCCGAGUUCUUGUUCGGCGUCAGUAACUGUUCUUGGUCUUCGUGUCGGGAAGGGUGCACCAAAGACGUCUUCCAGUGCUCGCACAUAUUCGUCAACUACAAGAAGGACCCCACGGGUGAGCUGGCCGGAGUCAAUUAUACGGACGUCGACGAGAUAGACCAGAUGGAGUGGGACGUGGUCGACGCUCAACUCUACCCCAAUGUCAAAGGGUGCGGGUACCCUCCCGACGUCAACUGCACCAUAUUCAACAAGAACUACAGCACUCCGGGAAGAACCUUCCCUUGUUAUUACUCCAGAGAGCAGCGGACGCUUGUUCUCACCAGCCUAGACAUCAACAACACCAAGAGGGAACUUGUAUUCGCCAUCGUUAUACCUUGGGGCUGCUUCCUGGUGUCUAUCCUGUACCUCCUCAUCACCUACGUAGGGAUGAGGAAGCCGGAUGCUGAAGGAGAUCGGCCCCAGGAGGUUAGUUCAGCCAAGGCAUCCAAGGAAGCGUCCAACUACUCGCUGCGGUCCAUCGGCAAGACCAUCAACCAGGGAAUGAACAAGUUGCGAGGCGAACCCGACGACAAGGGCGGGCAUGGAGGAGGAAACGGCGGAGGCGUUCUGAGCGGGUUCAAACGCGGACAGCCAACCUCGCCCUCCAUGUUGGGUCCCAAGCUCCUGCUGGCGCCCGCGUCUCUCCCACAAGUCCACCCCACCCGCCGCACCACGCUGCCUCCCUUGGAAAGAACGCCGCCCCUGCCCAGACCAGCAAGGUUGGAGGCGCUCACUCUGUCCUACCAGCUUUGGUCCAUCGUUAUAUCGUUUGGCAAUAACCAGCAGUCACAGGGAAUCGGCUGAGACCUCCUUCCAAGAGGCUGAGUUCGUGGAGAGGCCCUUAACCUGAAGGCGCGGCCAGGGAGGACGGGACGACGAGGCAGGUGGCGGGAGAUGGUGAAGCCUCUGCCCAGGGGACAAGGGAAGCCAGGAGGUGCUCGUUGAGGGCCUUGGAUACGACCAGGAAGUACUUCUAGGAGCCACGGAGGGGAAGCUUGAUCCAAUUAGUACUCAAACAAUAGAAAAUUCUUAAGAUAUAACUCGUGUUGAUAAUGCUAACUUUUAAUAUUUAUUGAACAAUAUUGGAUCACAUGAAAAUAAUGAAAACCAGAUCCUUAAAGACAGUGGUCAAACUGCCAGAAAAUACAGAAAUACAAAGAGUAUUGGGUACGAUGCAAAAAAAACUGUAAUACGAAAGGUGUUAAAAUUGUUCGAAAAUGACACUGGAAUGAAACUUAACAAUUCUGAAAGAUGGUUCGAAAGGUACUGAAACGUGGAGGCUAGUAAACGGUGUACAUCUCGCCAAUGUCUAUCACUAUCACUUAUCGUGUUGGAAAGUGAGUGACUUGAAAACUAUACAUUUAAGUGUUUAUUACCUAGAAGCGAAGAAAAAUUUAGAAUUCAACAAGACAUUGAAGCUAAGACCUGACGUGACUGAUUUAUAAAUCAGUUAUCGUGAGCCGGGGCGAAGGACUUUGUUUAAGAACAACAUUCCUCUUGCUCUUAAAUUUCCUUUAUAAAUCUCGGUGCUGCUCCUUAACAAGCCAUACAAGAAGGAAUUGGGUUCUGUGGUGUAACAAGUCCAUAGAGCUUAUCACCAGUAGAUGUCAUACUUAGUGUGUCAUAUAUCCUUUGGCCAGAAAUGGGGAUUCACAAACCACAAUAAACAGCCCCUACGAAGAGGAGGUGCUCCACGGGGCCAAGACCUGAGACCUCAAGGCCUCCACUCUCAUGGGCUCUAAGACCUGAGACCUCAAGGCCUCCACUCUCAUGGGCUCUAAGACCUGAGACCUCAAGGCCUCCACUCUCAUGGGCUCUAAGACCUGAGAGUGUUUGCAGAUAUCUAAGUAAAGACCUGCAGGUGUUAGCAAAUACUGAACUUAUGAACUGAUAAUGUUAAGACAGAAGGAAGUUGAGACACAGAACUCAGGGUUUGGUAGUGACCGGAACAGAGUUAAUAUCUCGACACGUCGAAGAUUAACAAAGCAUUUGGGAGGUGACGAAGAGUCACUUGAUUAUUUUGGAAUAUUUAAAACUGUAGAGAUGAGAGAAUUAUUGGUAUACACACAGUAUACAGACCAACGCGCAGACAACGAAACUACCAAAAGUUAAAUGAUUAAUAUGUAUACAAAUGAAUAAUGAUUAAUAUGUAUAGAAAAAUAUAUAAUGAUUAAUAUGUAUACAAAUAUAUAAUGAUUAAUAUGUAUACAAAUAUAUGAUUAAUAUGUAUACAAAUA